UUGAAUCCGGGCCUCCCUCCCGGGGCCACCCCCAGCCAGUGCCGCCUGCACCUGCCCGAGGAGGCCGCGUGUCCAGCCGCGGACAGGACGACCGCCCGGGCCCCCAGGCCCCCAAGCGCCCGAGCCCGUGACGCCGGCAGCCCCGGGCCCCGUGGGGAGCAGCUGCCACCAUGGCCAAGGAGGAGGACGAGGAGAAGAAAGCCAAGAAGGGCAAGAAGGGCAAGAAGGCGCCGGAGCCCGAGAAGCCCAAGCGGAGCCUGAAGGGGACGUCGCGGCUGUUCAUGGGCUUCCGGGACCGCACGCCCAAGAUCUCCAAGAAGGGGCAGUUCCGGAGCGCCUCGGCCUUCCUCUGGGGCCUCCACACGGGCCCGCAGAAGACCAAGCGCAAGAAGAAGGCGCGCACCGUGCUGCAGUCCACGUCCAAGCUCAUGACGCAGAUGCGCGUGGGCAAGAAGAAGCGGGCCAUGAGGGGCAAGAAGCCGUCCUUCAUGGUCAUCCGCUUCCCCGGCCGGCGCGGCUACGGCCACCUGCGCCCGCGCGCCCGCUCGCUCAGCAAGGCCUCCACGGCCAUCAACUGGCUCACCAAGAAGUUCCUGCUCAAGAAGGCCGAGGAGGCGGGCAGCCCGCAGGCCGCCAUGGACGCCUGGCUCCGCGGCCCGGACGCCCGCACAGGCUCCCGCAAGCUGCCCUUCCCGUCGGGCGCCGAGAUCCUGCGGCAGGGCGGCCGCCUGCGCCGCUUCCCCCGCAGCCGCAGCAUCUACGCCUCCGGGGAGCCCCUGGGCUUCCUGCCCUUCGAGGACGAGGCCCCCUCCCGGCCCCUGGGCUCCCGCAGGUCGCUGUAUGGGCUCGAGGGCUUCCAGGACCUGGGCGAGUACUACGACUACCACCGCGAGGGCGACGACUACUACGACCAGCGGUCGCUCCUCCAGUACGAGGCGCGGGGGCCCCCGACGGCUGCCUACGGGCCCAACGGCCCGGCCUGGCCGCCCUACACAGACCCCUACUCCGGCUACCUGCCUGAGGACCCCUACGACGUCCCCCACGCCGACGACUACGGGGGCGCGCUCUACCCACCGGACCCCUACAGCCCCGGCUACGGCUACAAUGACUACGAGCCCCCCUAUGCGCCCCCGUCAGGGUACACGUCGCCCUACAGCUACUACGAUGGAUAUGAGGGCAGCCUGUUGCCCUAUAGCUCCUACCUGGACCCGUACACGCCCUACGACCUCCCCUACGACACACCCUACAACCUGCCCUACGACACACCCUACAACCUGCCCUGUGUCGAGCCCUACGGCGUCCCCUAUGGCGUCCCCUACAGCACCCCCUAUGCCGACGACAGUCUCUACAGGCCCGGGGACGGGGCCAUCUAUCCCCCCCAAGUAGCCCGCCUCUCCCCGGAGGAGCCAGCCCUCCUGUACCCGUGGGUCCCACCCCCAAUCCCGUCGCCCCACAACCCGUACGCCCACCCCAUGGACGACAUCGCGGAGCUGGAGGAGUCUGAGGAGGCGGGCACCGAGCCACCGCGCCCCUCCUUCCGCCUGCCCAGCGCCGCCUUCUUCGAGCAGCAGGGCAUGGACAGGCCGCCCAGGUCGAGGCUCUCGCUCAUCCGCAGGUUCCGCCUCUUCCCGCGGCCGCAGGUGAAGCUGUUCGGGAAGGAGAGGCUGGAAGUGCCCCUCCCACCCUCCCUGGACAUCCCGCUGCCCCUGGGGGACGCAGACGAGGAGGACGAGGAGGAGGACGUGGCCCCGGGACCCGCCAGGCCCUACGCGGCCCCCUUCUGGGGCUUCCUCUCUCCGCGUCAGCGGAACCUGCAGCGGGCCCUGGCGGCCUUCGGGACGCGCCGCGCCAUGGGCUUGGGGCCCCCGCUCGGCCCCUCGGCCCGGCCGCCCACCUCCCUGGCCCGCUUCCUCAAGAAGACGCUGGCGGAGACACAGGCCGGCCCGCGGCCCCCCGGCAGCCCCACAGCCCGGGCAGGCAGGCCGGCCGUCAGGGAGGCGGCCUACAAGCGCUUCGGCUACAAGCUGGCCGGCAUGGACCCCGAGCGCCCCGGCACGCCCAUCGCGCUGCGGCGGGUGCAGCCCCGGGCCCACAGCAACAACUCCCACCGCCCGCCGCCCGCCCGCUGGGCCGCCCUCCUGUCGCCGCCCGCGGCCCGCCGCACCCCGGCCUCCCCUGACGGCUCCCUCCGCCGGCACCCACCGCCCUGGGCCGCCCCGGCCCACGUGCCCCUCGCGCCCCCAGCCAGCUGGUGGGCCCUGGCGGAGCCCCCUCCCGUGAGCCCUGAGGCGCCCCCCGACCUGCUGGGCCUCUCCGGGCCCCGGGCCUCCUUCCGGGCAUCCGGGCAGUGGGCUCCGGCCUGGGGCAUCCCUGGGCUCUCGCCGCAGGCCUCGCGCAGGCCGCUCUGGCCGCCGCUGCCCGGGCCUGGCUCCUGCUCGCCCCGAGGGCCCUGCUCCCCACAGCCGUCUAUCCACGCCUGCCGGCCGCCCUUCUCGCCACCGCCCCACCGGCCCCGCUCGCUGAGGGAACCCCUGACCCCACGCCGGGCCUUGGGGUGCCCUGGGCCCGCCCACACCCCAGCCCUGGGGCCAUCGCGGCCACCCUCACCCCCGCCCCUGCUGGGCCGCAGCCUGAGGCGCCGCUCUCUGAACCUGCCCUCACACCUGCCCUCACACCUGCCGCACACCUGGAAGCACCUCAGCGAGACCCCCACCCGAGCCGUGAGGCCCUGCGUGCACCCCUUCCAUACGCCACCCGGCGCGGGGUCCUGGGGGGCGGGCCCAGCGUCCCCGGAGCACCCCGAGAGCCAGCAUGAGCCGGGCGACUUGGGGACACCCUGGACGGUGCCCCAACUGGCCCCCAGCUGGGAGGUGGACUUGCCUCCAUCCCCACGUCCUCCCUCCCCCUGGCCGGGGGGCGCCGGCAGCCACCGUGGCUUCUCCAGGCCACCCCCCAUGCCCAAGGACCCCUUCCUCCAGCCUGCGGGCCUGGGGCCACCGCCUGCACCUCGCUUUGAGGACCACACCACAGGCUCAACCAGCAUCUUCCUGGGCAGACACCACGACCCGGGGCCCGGACAGCUGCCCAAGUCGGCUGGCCCCAUCCCCGGGGAGCCAGGAGAAGAGGCUGCCCCCGCGGACCCCAAGCCCCCGGCACCGCCCGAGCCCCCGACGCCGACCCCACCCGAGGACGUGUGCCCGGGGCGGCAGGUGCUGACGCCCUGCUUCUCGGACCCCCUGGCCACCCACGACCAGACGCGGGCCACGUGGCCACCAUGGCACCGCUGGGGGACACACCCCAGGGCCCCUGCCUCCUGGGCACCCAGAGAGGCCCCAGGACCCCUGCCCGAGGCAGGCGAGCAACGCCAGCCAAGCCCUGGGCGCUUUGCCGUGGUCAUGCCGUGGGUGCAGAAGCUGAGCUCCUUCCAGCGAGUGGGGCCGGCUGCACCACAGGCCACUGAGCAGGCCCCCGAGCAGACCCCCAAGCCCAGCCCCACUCCGCGAGCCUGGGGUCCACGCUGGACCCGCCUCUGGCUGCUGGGACAGGCCCGUGUCCACCUCCCGGCCGGCCACUCAGGCCCUGGAGCCCCUGGCCUGCCCCUCGGGGGCCCCCAGGAAGAGGUUGGCCCCGAAAGCUGGUGGAACAAGAUGCACUCCAUCCGCAACCUGCCGCAUGUGCGACUCCGCGAGCAGCACCAGGAGGACGGUGUGGAGGACAUGACGCAGCUGGAAGACCUCCAGGAGGACACGGUGCUGUCCAACCUGAAGACCAGAUUUGAGCGGAACCUCAUCUAUACGUACAUCGGCAGCAUACUGGUAUCGGUGAACCCGUACCAGAUGUUUGGGAUCUACGGCCUGGAGCAGGUGCAGCAGUACAGCGGGCGGGCCCUGGGAGAGAAUCCACCGCACCUCUUUGCAAUUGCAAAUCUCGCCUUCGCCAAAAUGCUCGAUGCCAAACAGAACCAGUGCAUCAUCAUCAGCGGAGAAAGCGGCUCUGGCAAAACAGAGGCCACGAAGCUGAUUCUACGCUACCUGGCCGCCAUGAACCAGAAGCGGGAUGUCACGCAGCAGAUAAAGAUCCUGGAGGCGACGCCCCUCUUGGAGUCCUUCGGUAACGCCAAAACCGUCCGGAACGACAACUCCAGCCGCUUCGGGAAGUUCGUGGAGAUCUUUCUGGAAGGGGGCGUGAUCUCCGGUGCCAUAACCUCCCAGUACCUGCUCGAGAAAUCCAGGAUUGUGUUCCAGGCCAAAAACGAGCGGAACUACCACAUCUUCUACGAGCUCCUGGCCGGGCUGCCCUCCCAGCUCCGGCAGACCUUCAGCCUCCAGGAGGCCGAGACCUACUACUACCUGAACCAGGGCGGCGACUGCGAGAUCUCCGGGAAGAGCGACGCCGGCGACUUCCGGCGGCUCCUGGCGGCCAUGGAGGUGCUGGGCUUCAGCGACGAGGACCAGGACAGCAUCUUCCGCAUCCUGGCCUCCAUCCUGCACCUGGGCAACGUCUACUUCGAGAAGUACGAGACGGACGCGCAGGAGGUGGCCUCGGUGGUGAGCGCCCGGGAGAUCCAGGCGGUGGCGGAGCUGCUGCAGAUCUCCCCUGAGGGCCUGCAGAAGGCCCUCACCUUCAAAGUGACGGAGACCUUGCGGGAGAGGAUCUUCACACCCCUGACGGUGGAGAGCGCAGUAGAUGCCAGGGAUGCCAUCGCCAAGGUCUUGUAUGCGCUGCUGUUUGGCUGGCUCAUUGCCAGGGUCAACGCCCUGGUGACCCCACGGCAGGACACGCUUUCCAUCGCCAUCCUGGACAUCUAUGGCUUCGAGGACCUGAGCUUCAACAGCUUCGAGCAGCUCUGCAUCAACUACGCAAACGAGAACCUUCAGUACCUGUUCAACAAGAUCAUCUUCCAGGAGGAGCAGGAGGAGUACUUCCGCGAGCAGGUCCACUGGCGGGAGGUCACCUUUGCCGACAACCAGCCCUGCAUCAACCUCAUCUCGCUGAAGCCCUACGGCAUCCUGCGCAUCCUCGACGACCAGUGUUGCUUUCCCCAGGCCACAGACCACACGUUCCUGCAGAAGUGCCACUACCACCACAGCGCCAACCCACUCUACUCCAAACCCAAGAUGCCGCUGCCCGAGUUCACCAUCAAGCACUACGCAGGCAAAGUCACCUACCAGGUGCACAAGUUCCUGGACAAGAACCACGACCAGGUGCGCCAAGACGUGCUGGACCUCUUUCUGCGGAGCCGGACGCGAGUGGUGGCACACCUCUUCUCCAGCCAUGCCCCACAGGCCGCCCCUCAGCGCCUGGGCAAGAGCAGUUCUGUCAGCAGGCUUUACAAGGCGCACACGGUGGCUGCCAAGUUCCAGCAGUCACUCCUGGAUCUGGUGGAAAAGAUGGAGAGGUGUAACCCCCUGUUCGUGCGUUGCCUGAAGCCCAACCACAAGAAGGAGCCUGGUCUCUUUGAGCUGGACGUGGUGAUGGCCCAGUUACGCUACUCAGGGGUGCUGGAGACUGUGCGUAUCCGCAAGGAGGGCUUUCCGGUGCGGCUGCCCUUCCAGGUGUUCAUCGACAGGUACCGCUGUCUAGUGGCCCUCAAGCAUGACCUGCCAGCCACUGGGGACAUGUGUGUGUCGGUGCUGAGCCGCCUGUGCACGGUCAUGCCAACCAUGUACUGCAUCGGAGUCAGCAAGCUGUUCCUUAAGGAGCAUCUUCACCAGCUGCUGGAGAGCAUGCGGGAGCGCGUCCUGCACCUGGCGGCCCUCACGCUGCAGCGCUGCCUCCGGGGCUUCUUUAUCCGGCGCCGCUUCCGCUCCCUGCGUGGCAAGAUCAUUCUGCUGCAGAGCCGGGCCCGAGGCUACCUGGCCAGGCAACGCUUCCAUCAGAUGAGAAGGAGCGUGAUGAAGUUCCGGUCGCUGGUGCACGCGUACGUGAGCCGCCGGCACCUCCUCAAGCUGAGGGCAGAGCGGAGACGCUGGGCAGAGGAGGCGCGGCUGCGGGAGCAGGAGGAGCUGAGCAAGCGCGAGGUGGUGGCCAUAGGGCACCUGGAGGUGCCGGCAGAGCUGGCUGGGCUCCUGCGAGCGGCGGCAGACCUCAGGUCAGCCCCUGCGCCCCAGGUGGCUCCCGUGCGGACACCCCGGCUGCAGGUGGAGCCCCGGGUCACGCUGCCCCUGGACAUCAACAACUACCCCAUGGCCAAGUUUGUCCGGUGCCAUUUCAAAGAACCUGCCUUUGGGAUGCUGGCAGUGCCCCCGAGGACACCCCUUACACGGCUGCCUCCGGAGCUCCACGCAGAAGCUGUGAGCAUCUUCAAGCUGAUCCUGCGUUUCAUGGGGGACCCCCAGCUGCGUGGAGCCCAGGAGAACACCCUUGGGAACUACGUCGUGCAGAAGGGGCUGGCGGUGCCCGAGCUGCGGGACGAGAUCCUGGUGCAGCUGGCCAACCAGGUGUGGCGCAACCCCAACGCCCACAACGCCGAGCGGGGCUGGCUGCUGCUGACCGCCUGCCUGGGCAGCUUCGCGCCCUCCCCGCGCCUCAGCAAGUACCUCCUCAAGUUUGUGUCCGAUCACGGGCGGAAUGGCUUCCAGGCCAUGUGCCAGCACCGCCUCAUGCAGGCCAUGGGCCAGACCCAGCAGCAGGGCCCCGGGGCUGCCCGCUCCUUCCCCCCCACGCAGCUCGAGUGGAGAGCCACGCAUGAGAAGGCCGCCAUGGCGCUAGACGUGGGCUGCUUCAAUGGGGACCAGCUCUCCUGCCCCGUGCACCCCUGGAGCACGGGAGAAGAGGUGGCUGGAGACAUUCUCAGGCACAGGGGGCUGGUGGACGGCUGGCGGGGCUGGACGGUGGCCAUGCAGAGCGGGGCCCGGUGGGUGGAGCUGGCGGGCCACGACUACAUCCUGGACCUGGUGUCGGACCUGGAGCUCCUUGGCGACUUCCCGCGGCAGAAGUCCUACUUCAUCGUGGGCACCGAAGGGCCCACAGCCAGCAGGGGAGGCCCCAAAGUGGUGUUUGGGAACAGCUGGGAUUCGGACGAGGAUGCGCCUCUGGGGCCCCAGGCCCAGGGGUACAUGCCCAAAGUGCCCGACUCCGACGGGUACUGCAGCCACAACGAGGAGGGUACCAAUGGGGAAACUGAGGCCCAGAGAGGGACGGCGACCCCCCAAGACUCAGACAGCUCGGGAGAGCCGGCCGCGCCCCGCAGGGGGCUGGACUGCUACCUGGACAGCCUCUUUGGCCCCGUACUGUCCUGCGGGGAUGCGGACCUGGAGAAGCCAACGGCCAUUGCCUGCCGCAUGAAGGGGGGAGGCCAGCCUGGUGGAGAUGGCAACAGUGGCAGCAGCACCAAAGACCCCCCCAGGAGACCCCCAGAGCCAAAGCCAAUCCCAGGCCUGGACGCCUCCACCCUGGCUCUGCAGCAAGCUUUCAUCCACCAACAGGCCGUGCUGCUGGCCCGGGAGAUGACCGUGCAAGCCCUGGCGCUCCAGCAGCAGUCCCUGGGCCCCACCCCGAGCUCCUUGCCCCCUGAGAAACCCCUAGCGCCAGAGGCCCGGCCCAAGUCUGUGGGCACCGGCCCCCCGGCCAAACCCGUGCUCCUGCGCUCCGCCCCAAAGCCCAUGGCCCCGGCCCCCCGGACAAAGGCCCCGAGGCCCCCCACCAAGCCUGUGGCUGCCCCCAUUCUAGCUCAGGACCACGCUUCCCCAGAAACCACCUCGCCCGCCCCAGAGCUGGUCCGGCACUCGACGCUCAACUCCCAGCACUUCCCUCAGCCCACACAGCAGAUCAAGGCCAUCGUCCGGCAGUACCAGCAGCCGCCCCGCGGUGGCCGGCCCGAGGCCCACAGGAAGGACGGUGGGAAGGGGUUUGUGAAGCGGCCAGACCCGCACGAGGAGGCCCUGCUCAUCCUGAAGGGGCAGAUGGCUCAACCGGCAGCAGCACCUGGCACCCAGGUGCCCAGAGAGGCCAUGGCCCUGGUGAAGCCGGUGACCAGCGCCCCGAGGCCGUCCAUGGGGCCCACCCCAGCCCUGCCCUCGCGGUCGCUGGAGCCCCCGGAGGAGCCCGUGCAGACGCGGCUGCACCGCCUCGUGAACCCCAACUUCUACGGCUACCAGGACGCCCCCUGGCGGAUCUUCCUGCGCAAAGAGGUGUUUUACCCGAAGGACAGCUGCAGCCACCCCGUGCAGCUCGACCUCCUGUUCCGGCAGAUUCUGCAUGACACGCUCUCCGAGGCCUGCCUGCGCAUCUCCCAGGAUGAGAGGCUCCGCAUGCAGGCCCUGUUUGCCCAGAACCAGCUGGACACGCAGCGGCCCGUGGUGACGGAGAGCGUGAAGCGGGCCGUGGUCAGCCUUGCCCGCGACAGCUGGGAGGUCUACUUUUCCCGCCUCUUCCCCGCCACGGGCAGCGUGGGCACAGGCGUGCAGAUCCUAGCUGUAUCUCACCACGGCAUCAAACUCCUGAGGAUGGUCAAGGGCGGCCAGGAGGCCGGCAGGCAGCUGCAGGUCCUGCGCACAUACAGCUUUGCGGACAUCCUGUUCGUGACCAUCCCCUCCCAGAACAUGCUGGAGUUCAACUUGGCCAGCGAGAAGGUCAUCCUCUUCUCAGCCCGCGCGCACCAGGUCAAGACGCUGGUGGACGACUUCAUCCUGGAGCUGAAGAAGGACUCCGACUAUGUGGUGGCCGUGAGGAACUUCCUGCCGGAGGACCCGGUGCUGCUGGCCUUCCACAAGGGCGACAUCAUCCACCUGCAGCCCCUGGAGCCCCCCCGCGUGGGCUACAGUGCCGGCUGCGUGGUGCGCAAGAAGGUCGUGUACCUGGAGGAGCUGCGGCGCGGGGGCCCCGACUUCGGCUGGAGGUUCGGGGCCAUCCACGGGCGUGUGGGCCGCUUCCCCUCCGAGCUGGUGCAGCCCGCGGCCGCCCCGGACUUCCUGCAGCUGCCGGCCGAGCCGGGUCGGGGUCGGGCCGCCGCCGUGGCCGCUGCCGUGGCCUCCACCGCCGCUGCCCGGGAGGUGGGCCGCAGGAGGGAGGGCCCCCUAGCCAGGGCUGAGUCCGCUGACCGCCCGGAGGACGCCCUGGCCCCCGCCCCGCCCACGAUCCUCCAAUUUGCCCAGAAGUAUUUCCGAGACCCUCAGAGGAGACCCCAGGAUGGCCUCAAGCCGAAGUCCAAGGAGGGCCGGGAGUCCAGGGUCCUGGAGGACAUGCUUUGCUUCACCAAGGCCCCGCUCCAGGAAUCCCUCAUUGAACUCAGUGACAGCAGCCUCAACAGGAUGGCCGUGGACAUGUUCCUAGCUGUGAUGAGGUUCAUGGGGGACGCCCCGCUGAAGGGCCAGAGCGAGCUGGACGUGCUUUGCACCCUGCUGAAGCUGUGCGGGGACCACGAGGUCCUGCGGGACGAGUGCUACUGCCAGGUUGUGAAGCAGAUCACGGACAACGUCAGCACCAAGCAGGGCAGCUGCCAGCGAGGCUGGAGGCUGCUGUGCAUCGUGGCCGCCUACCACAGCUGCUCGGAGGUCCUCCGGCCCCACCUCGUUCGCUUCCUCCAACAUGCCAGCCGGACCCCGGGCCUGCCCUUCCAGGGGAUCGCCAAGGCCUGUGAGCAGAACCUGCAGAAAACCCUGCGCUUUGGGGGCCGCCUGGAGCUCCCCAGCAGCAUGGAGCUUCGGGCGAUGCUGGCGGGCCGAAGUUCCAAGAGGCAGCUCUUCCUUCUUCCCGGAGGCCUCGAACGCCAUCUCAAAAUCAAAACGUGCACCGUGGCCCUGGACGUGGUGGAGGAGAUCUGCGCCGAGAUGGCCCUGACACGCAGCGAGGCCUUCAGCGAGUACGUCAUCUUCGUCGUCACCAACAGAGGCCAGCAUGUGUGCCCACUCAGCCGCCGCGCCUACAUCCUGGACGUGGCCUCGGAGAUGGAGCGGGUGGACGGUGGCUACAUGCUUUGGUUCCGGCGCACGCUCUGGGAUCAGCCACUCAAGUUUGAGAAUGAGCUGUAUGUGACGAUGCACUACAACCAGGUGCUGCCUGACUACCUGAAGGGCCUUUUCAGCAGCGUGCCGGGCGGCAGGCCCAGCGAGCAGCAGCUGCAGCAGGUGUCCAAGCUGGCGGCUCUGCAGCACCGUGCCAGGGACCACGUCUACCUGCCCAGUGUGCGGGAGGUCCAGGAGUACAUCCCGGCCCAGCUCUUCUGCUCGAUGGCUGGCUCGGCCUGGCUCGGCCUCGUCAGCCAGCACCGGCAGCAGACUCAGGUGCUCAGCCCCCACCAGGCCCGGGCCCAGUUUCUGGGCCUCCUCAGCGCGCUGCCCCUGUUCGGCUCCUCCUUCUUCUUCGUGCAGAGCUGCAGCAACGCCGCGGUGCCGGCCCCCUGCGUCCUGGCCGUCAACCACAAUGGCCUCAACUUCCUGGUCACCGACACCCACGAGCUGAUGGUGAAAAUCCCCCUGAAGGAGAUCCAGUCGACGCGGACCCAGCGGCCCACGGCCAACUCCAGCUACCCCUACGUGGAGAUCGCCCUGGGGGAUGUGGCCGCCCAGAGCACCAUGCAGCUGCAGCUGGAGCAGGGCCUGGAGCUGUGCCGAGUGGUGGCCGCGCACGUGGAGAGCCUGCUCAGCGCCCGCGAGCGGCGGCUCACGCUGCCCCCCAGCGAGAUCACCCUGCUCUGACUGCCCGCGGCUGCCCUCCGCUUGGAGAUCUGACCUGUGGCCGCAGCGGGGGUUACCGGGCCUCCCUGGGCCAGUGACCUCUGCCGGGGGCCGGCGCCUUGGGGGAGGCCUGGAGGAGGCAGGUGGAGUGACCCGGGUCCCCAGG